ACGCUCACCAGUGGUCCACCUUCUUGGCACAGACUAGAGGAUCCUCCUCUUUGCUUCUAAACGAACGUCGCGCGUGAUAAUCAAGCUACGUGUGCGAGUACCAGUCGAGUGGACACCUGGCCGUGGCCGUAUGAAUGAAAAACGGUAGCUCGUAUCCGGGAUUUUACGUUCCAGUAACUCCGUUGACCAGUAUUCUGUGGGUUGCUUUUAUUGCGGAGCGGAGGAUGUGAGUCAGGAUAAUAAGAAUGAGCCUGAAAUAGAACAUAAAUUAGUGGAAGAUAUAAGACGAAGGAUAGUGGGUUUGAACGAGUUUGAUGAAGUGAAUGAUACUGACCUUCCGUUGGAUAAUGAGUGUACGUGUGACGAAGCAAGAAAAAAAUUCCCCGGGAAUCGAGGUGCAAGCGUCAUCGUCUAUGCAGGCGUCGAAGUCGCCCGCGUGCCAUCAAGCAUGCCACGCGAUCCACGCUCACGUGUCACGUCUCGUGUCGUCAUCCGGGAUCAUCGAUCGCCGAUCCGCCGAAAUAAAACGCGCCAGACACGCACCUCUCGCUCUGAGCCGCGUUUUCCUGGCUCAGCUGAUCGAGAACACCUUUUGUCUCUCUUCGCCUCCUCUAUUUGGACUAGGUGGUGGCUGACUCCUUCGAGAGUUAGCCAGCCCCACCUGGUCCGUUUUUUCUCUUUCAUGCUCCCCUCUUAAACGCAUUAAGACUCUCAGUCCCCUCUACUCCAUGCCUGGAGAUCGCUUUCGAAGACCCGUUAACCUACUGUGGCUCUUAGUGUUCGAGCUGCCUUCGAACCUUCCAUGUCCGCAGUGCAGGUGCCCGUAUCGUGCAUCGUUCUUUCACAAUAAUCGUCCUUGGGUGCUGGUAGCCAGAGCGUGGCGACCUAAGGGAAAGCCACUGAUGCCAAGUGGUCUGCAAGGAGAACCGGAACUGGCCGGUUCCCUGAAGGUCGAAGGGAACUCGAAGAUUCGAUUAAAAAGAUGAAGGGAUGGUUCGACGCUUUCCGUAUAGACGGAGGACCCACGUUGUAUAGCUAUAGUAAUCGUACGCCUGUUACGGGAGAUGUUCCUCUAGUGAUUGUGUUUGUUAUAUUCGGCACCAUCUUUACCGCGUUCCUUGUCAUAUUUCCUGGAAUACGAAAGGAGCGUAUUAGCACGUUUCUCACGGUGACAUUGAGCCUUUUCGUUGGAGCGUCGAUCCAAGUCGCUCAAUAUGGAUCAUCCUGGCACACCAGUUCCGCGACCAUUGUUAGCACAUACAGUGCAUUCUCGAGACAGAAAACUGCUGCGGAAAUCGGAGGAUAUAUCGGUCUGAUGCAUAUAAACAUCACCUACAGGCUGCUACCAAGUAGCGAAAAUCCAAUGGACGACGUGGAGUAUAACGAAAGAUUCUGGUGGAGGAGUACAGGAGAGAUGACGAGUGCCUUUAAGCAAGCAUUGAACCAGGGUGCACCGUUUCCUAUAGUUUCUCUAGCCGAAUACUUCAGCCUUCAUCAAGAAGGCUUUUCCUGGGGAAGCAAAUAUCGACAGGCUGGUUACUACGCGUCGUUAAUGCUCUGGACGUCCUUUACUUCUUGGGCCAUGAUGAACCUGUUAUUAAUAAUAGUGCCACGGUAUGGCGCUUACGGCAUGAUCUUCACCGGGAUAUGUAUGCUUCUGACCAAUUUAAUCUACUGGGCACUUUUACCUUGCGAGCCUCUCAUUGCACAUAUCGAUGGUUCCAUUCUUGCUUUUAAUUUGGGAUGGAAUUAUUGGCUUGUAUUGUUAGCUGGUAUCGGAUGUAUGUUCACUGGAGUGGUGAUUACGGCGAUAGAAAUGAUUUUUCCUCAUCAGUUCUCUACGAUAUUGGAAGUUGAUUACGAUACGCCGUACGACAGACAUGUUAUCAUAGAAGAGAGUUUCGAUACGAGGAACGUCAGGCGAAGAUUACCUAAAAUCGAGGAUUCAUUUGGUGAUCGUAUAAUAAGUCAAUUGUCUUCCAAGCUACAAAAUAGACACGAUAUCAAGGAAGAGACACAAGGUGUGAUAAAUCGAGGAUAUACGUCACACGAGCCUUCAGAAUUUCAUCAUGACUCUAAUGAAGACUCAUCAAAGAACAACUGGUCUUAUCCGUUUCCAUCGUCUUCACGUAGACCUAUCAAUACCUGAUUAUAAAUGCUACAUAAUCUUUUAGUGUUAACAAAUUCCUCAAUAUGUUUUAACAGAAGUUUUUGUUCAUUUAAAACUGUAAGUUUAGCCCUAGAACUCCUAUGGAGAAAGGAAGGGAAUAAACAGUAACUACAGUGAAA